AAGCUGUUGACUUUUCCAAUUCUUCAAUUUCCUUACAUAUACGGGAUUCGUCUAGGAGUAUGUCGUUAUCUGAGAAAGUAAACGUAUUUUUACUCCGGAGGUGUUUUUUCUAUCUCCGAGAGCGAAGUCAUGGUUGUUGCACGCCAUGUGUUUGUGUUAUUGUCUCUGUUAGUGGUGGGCUUUUGGGGUUUGGAGAGAUGUGAGGCUUCUGGGAAGUUUAGCUUUGAAGUUCACCACAUGUUCUCUGAUAGGGUCAAGCAAACUCUUGGGCUUGACGAUCUAGUGCCGGAAAAGGGAAGUUUGGAGUACUUCAAGGUUUUGGCACAGCGCGAUCGGUUGAUCAGAGGUCGAGGUCUUGCCUCCAACAACGAAGAAACCCCUAUUACUUUCAUGCGAGGAAAUCGCACGGUUUCAAUCGACUUUCUGGGAUUCCUGCACUACGCCAAUGUUUCUGUGGGAACACCGGCCACUUGGUUCCUGGUUGCUCUGGACACCGGCAGCAAUUUGUUUUGGUUGCCUUGCAACUGCGGUUCCACUUGUAUCCGCGACUUGAAAGACAUUGGACUUUCACAGAGUCGACCACUCAAUCUAUACAGCCCCAACACAUCUUCUACAAGUUCAAGCAUUAGAUGCAGUGAUGACCGUUGUUUUGGGUCGAGUCAGUGUUCUUCUCCUGCAAGUAGUUGCCCUUAUCAGAUCCAGUACCUUUCUAAGGACACCUUCACCAGCGGGACAUUGUUUGAGGAUGUAUUGCAUUUGGUCACAGAGGACGUGGAUUUAAAGCCUGUCAAAGCUAAUAUCACGCUUGGUUGCGGUCGAAAUCAGACAGGUUUUCUCCAGAGUAGUGCGGCUAUUAAUGGUCUUCUUGGGCUAGGUAUGAAAGAUUACUCUGUUCCGAGCAUACUGGCAAAAGCAAAAAUCACUGCAAACUCUUUCUCAAUGUGUUUUGGGAAUAUUAUUGACGUUAUCGGAAGAAUCAGCUUCGGAGACAAAGGCUACACAGACCAGAUGGAGACGCCACUACUUCCUACGGAACCAAGUCCGACAUAUGCUGUGAAUGUGACCCAAGUAUCCGUGGGGGGAGAUGUUGUUGGGGUUCAGCUGCUAGCUCUCUUCGACACUGGAACAUCUUUUACACAUUUACUAGAGCCAGAAUAUGGUCUUAUUACCAAAGCUUUUGACGAUCAUGUCACUGACAAGCGACGUCCGAUUGAUCCUGAGAUUCCAUUUGAGUUCUGUUACGACUUAAGUCCAAACAGUACAAGCAUUUUAUUCCCCAGAGUAGCGAUGACUUUUGAAGGAGGAUCCCUAAUGUUUCUGAGAAACCCGCUUUUCAUAGUGUGGAAUGAGGACAAUACCGCCAUGUACUGCUUGGGUAUUCUGAAGAGCGUGGAUUUCAAGAUUAACAUUAUCGGACAGAACUUCAUGUCGGGCUACCGCAUUGUAUUCGACCGGGAGAGGAUGAUUUUGGGUUGGAAACGGUCUGAUUGUUUUGAAGAUGAGAGCUUAGCAUCUCAGGCUCCUCCACCACCAGAGACUGAAGCUCCUGCACCAAGUGUAUCCGCUCCACUACCUAGUCAUCCUCCUCUUGCUGCUGCUGAUGCACCUCCCCCAAUAGACCCUCGUAACUCCACCAGAAACUCUGGCUCAGGCACUGCAGCCAAUCUCAUCCCUCUCGCAUCUCAACUCCUACUUCUCCUACCUCUUUUGGCCUUCCUCUGAUUCAUUUUGUGUUGGUUUGAGUUUGACCAUGUUAUGUUCAUAAAACUAUAAUCUGAACCGAACAAUAUAUUCAUUGGUUUGAGAGUUGUAAUCUUAUCUCCUUCUUAUAAUGUAUCUUUGUGUGUUUUGGAUAUUUUGUCAAAGAUGUUUAACGCUUUGUCUUGUCAGAAAAUGUGUUGUGACUUGUGACCACUGACCUUCACCAAAAUCGAUUCGUUCGUUCCUCUGUUUCCCAAAACCCAUGUACAGGUGGAGUUUGUCUAUUGGUUCUUACGGACAUACUUGUACUUCA